AACUAUUUAACUAGCGGGGGAGACAACAACAAACCCCAAAGAUGGGCAACUCUCAAACCUCACCGCCCAAUAUCGAUUCGUGUAACUAACUAUUUAUUUACCAGUACAAAGAAAACGAGAAUUACAGCUAGCAGUGCCAGCUCUUCAAAUACAAUAUUUAAUACCAUUAUUAGCGAUUUCCUCUGGUUUAUACAACUUGUGCCUGAAUUCUUCUUGUUGUGUACUCCGAACCCCCGCCUCCAAAGUGUCCUCCACCGUAUGUGUGUGUAGCUUCCUCUGGACUUUAUCUUCAAAACUGCUUCUCUUGUCGCCAUCGCGCCUUAUUUAACCCCGACUAACCAAAGCCUUGCACAUCUUCAUACAAAGCCCCCCCCCCCCGGCCUCGAGAACCCAUUUACGGCCUCGAGAACUUACCAUCCAUGCUCCAAAUCCCCAUCAGGGAAUCCGAUAUGGCUUCCACAAAGGCCGUCAUCCUUGUGGGCGGGCCUUCGAGAGGCACCAGAUUUAGGCCUUUGUCCCUUGAUGUUCCAAAGCCGUUAUUUGAAGUCGCUGGCCACCCCAUCAUCUGGCACUGCUUAAGAGCUGUUGCCAAAGUCCCUGGCAUUCGAGAAGUCAUCCUUGUAGGCUACUACGACGAAACUGUUUUCCGGGAUUUCAUCAAGGAUUCCACCAAGGAAUUCCCCCAAUUCCGCAUCCAAUAUCUUCGAGAAUAUCAGGCCUUGGGCACCGCGGGAGGCCUCUACCACUUCCGAGAUGCCAUUUUGAAGGGCCGCCCAGAGCGCUUUUUUGUCCUCAAUGCAGAUGUCUGCUGCUCGUUCCCGCUUGGGGAGAUGCUCAAGCUGUUCGAAGAGAAGGAUGCAGAGGCGGUUAUAUUAGGAACUCGAGUGAGCAAUGAUGCCGCCACCAACUUUGGCUGCAUCGUGUCCGAUAGCCAUUCCAAACGCGUACUACACUACGUCGAAAAGCCUGAAUCCCAUAUCUCCAACCUAAUCAACUGCGGUGUCUACCUCUUCGCCACAGAGUGCAUAUUCCCCUCCAUCCGCAGCGCAAUCAAGCGACGCACCGCGCGGCCCCGCCUCCUCUCUUACCCAUCUUCCGACAACCUCGAAACCUACCACGUCGUCAACCAAGAUGAAGAGGGCGAGAAACCGGAAGUCCUCCGACUCGAACAAGAUAUUCUCUCUGACCUCGCAGAUAGCAACCGCUUCUUCGUACACGAGACCAAAGACUUCUGGCGCCAGAUCAAAACCGCCGGUUCCGCUGUGCCUGCCAACGCUCUAUACCUCCAAAAGGCGUUCCAGUCACAAUCCGAAGAAAUCGCCACGCCCUCGGCGAACAUUGUACCACCCGUCUACAUCCACCCAACCGCCACCGUCGAUCCAACCGCCAAACUGGGACCUAAUGUCUCCAUUGGGGCCCGCGCUGUCAUUGGCGCUGGUGUUCGCAUCAAAGAAUCUAUCGUCCUCGAAGAUGUAGAGAUUAAACAUGAUGCGUGUGUCCUGUACUCGAUAAUCGGAUGGAGCAGUCGGGUGGGGGCAUGGGCCCGAGUAGAAGGCACGCCAACGCCUGUCGGGAGCCAUUCGACAACGAUCGUUAAGAACGGUGUGAAGGUGCAGAGUAUUACGAUUUUGGGCAAGGAGUGUGGUGUUGGUGAUGAGGUGCGGGUGCAGAAUUGCGUCUGCCUGCCGUACAAGGAGUUAAAGAGGGACGUCGCCAAUGAAGUCAUCAUGUAAAGCGAUCUAACCCAUCCAUUCAGUGUCUUAUGCUGUAUCUAUGCCCCCCUUUUUGUUAUGGCCCUCCAUAUACUCCCUCCCAUUUUAGAUAAAUAUUUUCCAGUCCAAACGUGAAAAUGUGCGAGAAAAUGCCUCUUUUUGUUUUGUUCUGCUUAAUCAGUGCUAUAAUUUAUUUAUUUAUUUUAAACUCAUCAUCUGAAGUCCGCUGUAAACAUACGUCCCUGGUCGCGCAGAAUUAUUCUGAUAUUUAUGCAUUGGCUUCCCUAGCGCAUCGGCAUCCCGGAGCUUCCAUUCGUAUUCGCUGUCAAUUAGCCGAUUCUUCAUGCUCCAACGGACUCCUCCAAGAAAGUAUGAUGCGGGAGGAGGAUCAUAUGGCUUCCAGACCAACGAUUUGAGUGUGAAGUGGAAGCCGAAGAAAAAGCUACAUUGUAUUGUUUUUGAUGACUAUCCGUUCAACAAAUCCUUUCUCAACUUCAAAUCAUAACGUACCCGAAGGCGCAGAACUAGUUACUAUAUCAUCUUUCAUAAGGUAACAGAGAGUCAAGAUGCUCUCUACUCUUAACCGCCUCCCCAUCCCCUCUCCUUCCACCGUGCGACUCCCCGAUCCCAAGCACGCGUACCUCCGCUCUCCUCCUCCUCGGCAUCCUACCUAUCGCCGCGGGGAAGGAGGGAAACUGGUUAUGUUGGAGAGUGUGGUGGUUGGGAGGUGGCUGCAUGCGCUUUUGGCUGGGUGGUUGGUUGUCAAGUUGUCAAGGGGACCAGGGCUAUUACAGUGUGAUCCACGGCAGAUUGAUUGACUGGUGGCAGCCAGGGAUUCAGGUUCUUUUUUUUUUUCCCUUUACAGGAUUUUGUUAGCUGUUAGCGGGAGGUUGUUUUGUUACGAGUAAUUUUAUUUUCCCUUUUAUAUAUACCCCUUUAUCUCUUCUAUUUUAUCAAUGUUCAUUCGGCACUUAGCAUUUAUACAUAGACAAGCAAGCACAUGCAUGAAGGAAAUCCAUGUCACUUAAGAAUGGAGGUAUAUCCAUCCAAAAGAACAACAAAAUACUAGAGUAUCAGCAUGUCCCCAUGCACAACGACCGCUAUAUAUACAUGUAUAUAUUACACGGGUUUAAUAACG